CUCCUUCCAGAAUCAUUCCCCAACAACUUACCGGAGACACUCAAAAGAUAUAAAUACACAUAAUUGGCAUUGUCCCCUCCGAGUCCCGGGGCAACAGGGGAGUUGACACCCCGGCCCAUCACAUUUCAUCCCUUACAUCACACUUGUUAAAGCACAAGUGUGAAGAGGAGGCUGUUGGUUAUAUAAGUUUUGAACCACAUGGGGGAUCAAAAUAAAAUACUCUCCCGGCCCAUUUUCCGUCGAGAUGUCAGCUGGGAUUCUUUCCCAAACUGGACUCAGCCAAGCCGUAUCUUCGCCCAGGACUUCGGCAUUCCUCCUUUCCUGGAGCCCAAUGAUCUGGACUGGCUCGACUGGGCAAAGAAGAGGCUGGCUUCGUUCUCCUGGCCGGGCUACACGCAAAGUCCCCUGCUGCCUCCCAUCACGCCGGACCAGAAGAGUCCGAGACAACUGACGAGUGGCGUGUCCGAGGUGAGAACAGGGCAAAACAGCUGGAAGAUUAACCUGGACGUCAAUCAUUUUUCACCUGAGGAGAUCUCCAUCACCACCAAGGACGGCUACUUGCAAAUAUCAGGAACUCAUGAAGAAAAGCAAGACCAACACAGUUCGGUUUCAAGAUGUUUCACCCGUAAAUACAAGUUACCACAAGGGGUGGAUCUGCAGCACAUCAGCUCAUCCCUGUCCUCUGAAGGAAUGUUGUCCGUAGAAGCUCCCGUCCCGGGAACAUCCAUCAGCAGCCCGGACAAUGAGCUCGUCAUCCCAGUUCAGACCAAAAAGACACAGGACAGUGAGAAAUGAACCAAGCAGCUCAAAAUGUGCAUUUAUUUAACUUGCACAUAGACAAACUCCCUUGCUUAAGCUUAAUAUUUUUAUUUUCUUUUGAUUUUUGGGAGAUUUCUGACUUUAAUUUACACUUAUUAAAAAUUAUAAAUGUUGUUUUGUCUUGGACCCAAUAAAAAAACCUCUGUUGUUAAUUUUGUGAGUUUGCACUAAAUUUUUUUACUAUAAAUUCAUCUUUACAACCUAUUGUAUUAUGCAGCUUAAGCCUUCAUAAUUAAACAGAAAUAAACUUUGAUACAAAUAAAUUUCUUUCACUUAUUUUAA